ACCACCACCACCAAGACAACCGAAGACAACCACCCAACACAACCCACCACCACCCCGAAAACAACCACCUCCACUCCGAAGCCAACCACCCCUCCCAAGCCUCCAACCCCACCUCCACAACCAACUCCGUCCACCACCUUGACUGUUGGAAACUACAACGUGACAGUCAACAAAGAGGUUUGCCUGAGGGCUCAGAUGGCUUUGCAGAUCAGAGUGGCACGCCCUCAGCUCAAUGGAACCUUUAUCAUUCAGCCAAAUAUCACAAAAGCAAGUGGACAUUGUGGGGAAACCAAGGCCAACCUUACCCUAUCCUUUAAGGAGGGUUUCAUCACCUUCUUGUUCACCAAGAGCACUGAUAAUACCACUAGCUACGUUGACGCCGUGUCUUUCAACCUCACCUACGCCUUCGUCAAAGGAAAGGAGGAAAAUUUCCCCGCCAAGAACAACACGCUGCAUCUCUUCUCUGCAAAGGUUGGACGCUGCUACUCCUGCCGGCAAACUGAACAGGUUUUAGUGGAGAAGGGACUCUACCUGGACGUCAGUCAGGACCAAUUCCAGGGAUUCAAUCUGACUAAGAGCAAAGAAUUUGGCCUCCCUGACCGCUGCCCUGCCGACCAGCCCGACUACAAGGUUGCGAUCGGCGUGGGAGUGACGCUGCUGGUGCUCAUCGUCAUCGUGGUGGUGGCCUACCUGGUGACCCGCAAAAGGAGAACCGACGGUUACCAGGCUCUGUGAGGUGGGGACACUCGGUCGCCCAGAGAAGACACCUUUUUUUUUUUGAUAAAGCAGCGAGGCUGUGAUGCUCUGUCUUUUACGAGAGCCAGAGCAACAAAAACCUUCACCACCAGCGAUCCACUGCCUCCCGCCGACCCCCCCACCUGUUAUGUCUCUGUUAAGUGUUAUCUAAACAUCGUUACUAUUGAGGCUGGAGUGAGCCACUUUAAUCAUAAUAAUCAUAAACCUUUAAAAUGAAUUGAAGCAGAAGGAAAAAAAAAACACCUAUUAAUCCUACGUUCACUCACUUUUUAAAUUCAAUCUCGUUUAUUUUCUGCUUCUUUUUUUUCCAUUUCUUUCUGAUUGUUUGUUGAAUUGAAGACACGUAUGUAGUCGAAUCCAAAGUCCGUCCCAUGGAGCAGCAGGCUGAGCUCUGACUGGCCAAACCCCUGCCAGAUACACAUAAACCAAGGCUGUGGACUUUGAGCGGGACACACCGGCCCAACAGCUUUUACACCUGAUCUUAAUGAUGAUACGGCAAACAGAUAUGCGAGUAAACUGGGUGAAUAAACCACAUGGAUUCACAAGGGACAAGAAAAUAGGGUUAGAAAUUGCAAAUGCAAAAGAGAUAUCUGUUACUUUAACUUGAAUAAUCUGUCAGUGAGUGGUGUUCGGUGGCACACUGCAGACUCCUAACAUUUGAGUGUUCAAAGGCCAAAAUCAAUAUUAUUAUUAUUUUAAAUUCAUAACCUUAAUUUGACAAAUAGAUGAAUAUUAUUUUCAUCAUGUUGGACACUAAAACUUACUGGCACAUACAUGUGAAAACUGACUCAUCAUAACCAGUUCAGGUUGUGUAUGCUAAGAUGGACGACGCAGCAGCUCCCAAAGCAUCUCUAGCGCCCCCCGGUGGGUGGAAGUGGAGCCAUGUCGUCCAUCUUUAUGCAGAGGGCCAGAGCUGUGAUGUUAUUUUUAUAUAACCCCCAUGUUAUACCGUCACAAAGCAGUGGAAUCAUGAAGAAAAAGGAAGACGGUAGAUUUUUACCUUCUCUUCUAUAUGAAUCAUCAUGAAUGUUUAGUUUUUCCUCAAACAAAAUCAAACUUUGUGUGUAUAUUGUGUCAUCCAGGGAUUUGUUUUAUUACUAUUAUUAUUAUUUUUGUCGCAAUAAGGGAAAAUUAUGCAAGCAAUACCGCGUUAGCCUUAUUAAUCAGUACAACCCGGGAAAUUUGAAGGAUGUUUUUAAUAAGGGAUUUAUUUUGACAUUAUCUACAUUAAUUGCACUGAUAACUGUUCCAACUUUGUCUUUUAAUACUAUGUACACAGCUGUUGCAGUGUUUUUUUUUAUAAAACUGCAAGGUUGUGCUAUUAAAGCAUGGGGUAGGUGUGGAGUCUCAACUACAGGCGAGUUUCUUAGCUCCUCCCACUUGAUUUGCACCGACGGACGCACUCAGUUCAUAUGUCACAGACGACCCGCGGCUACCUGUACGUUUACAUGACGUCAGCAAAAAAAAUACAUGUAAACAUAACUGAAAUUGGACUAAAGUACCCAGAUAAUUGUGAUCCAGAGCGGAUUUACUACUGUGUGUAUACGUUCUGUCAGACUCAAGCUGCUCUAGACGUUCUGCGCAUGUUCCGUGUUUCUUGCUGGUACAGAGAAAUAAAAGAAAACAUUGUGAAAUCUACGUGAGUGUAUAUUUGGACUGGCAAGGAGAACGGUUCUAUGUUCCGUCAACUCAAAGAAUUGAAUAUUUUGGAAUCAUGGAUGGUAGGGCGACUCGACGGGCUUCCCUCCUCCUGUCUGUUCUGUCUCACUCUAAAUUCUGUUGUGUUUUUGGACCGCUUGAUUUAUGUUAUGCUGAAAGGAUAAUAUGGAAUUAUCGAUAAAUGUGCCAUAAAAUAUCCCGCUUGCCCGGGCUUUAAUGACGUCCCGUCUCUCCUUCUACCAACUCCGAUACACAGAACCCAGUUACGUCAAGCUGUACCUUUAAGCGCGCAAAAACCAACAACACUAGAGUGUGUAUUUAGCAGCUGUUGGUCAUAUUGGACAUAACAAACAACGGCUCAUAAAUGAACACUGUGUUUUCUCAGCUAGAAUGAACUUUGAACUUCAGAUAUCACGUGGCGCUCGGGUACCUGCGGUGGCAAGGUAGAGUUCUCACUACAGCACACCGGUAAAGUAAAGAAAAUAAUUACGGAGUCGUAUUUACUCAGAUUGCACAGGGCGUAUCGCUUCGCUUAUCUCUGGAGCAGACUUUCCUAUACGUCAGCGCGUCUACGGUCUAGAAAACACUGUAAAAAAUAUCCUGUUCCCUUUACCAAGACAUACUCAUCAUCUCAAUUUUGGUAACAACUAAGACGCACUGUUGAAGCACUAAGAAUGUAUGUUUACAUUUAUUUGGUGAAAAACAUAAUGUAUAUUUAGUCUAGACUGGGGGCCACCUGCAAUACCUCCAAGGUCCACCAGUGGGCUAUGCCCCACACUUUGGGAAGCUUAAAUUAAAUGUGCUUUCUUCACCUUGAACAUAAUGAGGGUUUUUGGCAUUUAACAGAGUAAAUAACAGCUUGUUUUACUGAGUGGAAAGUGAAAGUGUCUCUGGGUUAUUUCAGUAUAAGGGCAUUGAUUCUGAUUCAUUUACACAAGUGUUUUUAGUGUGGAUGCUGAAAUCCAACACCAUCAGGGGGAAAUGAAAAUGGUUGUUGUUGUAUUUGUGUGCUCUGGAAAGUAGGCUAAACUCACUUUGAAUGAAGACCCCGUGUGUGUGUGUGUGUGCUCGUUUAAUUUUACUCUUAAAAUAGCCGCGUGGCGUAAUCUGUAAGUAUGUCCGUGUGCAGCUCAGUGCAGCGAGACUCCGUCCAAUCAUGUGUAAAGUUCUCCACAGAGUGUCUGCACCUUGACCUGUUUGUAACUGCCUGUGUCAAUAAAGAUUGAUAUAUUCUGUA